UUCGUUGUAAACAAUUUGUUCUUUGUUAAUUGCUUUGUAUAAAUUUUUGCAAUUAUAAUAUUUUUUAUUUGUUCAGAAAUGUCUUUAGUUGCAUACGCGGCCAGCAGUGAUGAGGAUUCUGACCAUUCCGAAGAAGAAGGAGUUUCCUUUUCCAACACUAAAACCAAUGGAGGAGUUGUACCGGUGACACCAGUAGUCAAUGGUAAUCUCGGCACAGGCACAAUAAGCGAUGACGAAGAUGAUUAUGCACCAACCGAAUAUACAGCAAUUUCAAAGAGUAAAAUAUCCCAAAGUCUUUUAUUGCCCCAACCAAAAAAUAUAAUUGAAGUUAUAGCACCAGUAGAAGAGUUGGACGUUACGCCAAUAUUUGCAAAACUUCCAUUACCCAAAAAUACCGUUGAAAAUAAUGCAACUAUCGAAGAAGAAGACGAUGAAUUUUUACAUAAAAAGGCGGUAGCACCGUCUGAAGAAGUUAAACCCAAACCUGUGCAUGUAGCACCCAGUAAAGGUCCUGUUAAAAUUACAAUUCCAUCGUUGAAAGAUUUUAGUGACGUUGAAAAAGAUAUUACUAGCAAAGGGAAAAGCAAACAUUUACCCGAAGGACAAAAAAAGUCUAGUUUAUUAAGCAUGCUACCACAAGCGAAGUCAGAGCAGAAUUUUGCGAAGGCUGCUCCUAGCAUCGCGUCAAAUGAUAUUCCACAUCAGAUGAAAAAAAAUCCAUCACUUACAAACAACCCAUUUAUUCCGGAUGCUGUAAAAACUCGACGUCCCGCAUGUAAUACCGAAGGUGUUGAUGGUAUAAAAAAGCCAAUAAAGAAGCAGAAACCGACCGAUAAAGCAAAAAAAUCAUUGGUCAACUGCAGUGACAGUGACGACAGUGGCGAUGAACCAGGCGACUUCUUUUCCCUCAAUUCCGAAGACAAACUACCUGAAGUUAGCAUGAACGAAAUUAAUGCUAUGGUCGCGGAACGUGCUGUUAAAAUGGCAAACGUAACAACACAAUUCUUAAGAAAAUUUCCAGAAAACAAACAAUCUGAAGAAAAUGUAGAAGUAGAAAACGAGAGACGUUUGGCAGAAAAACGAACUGAGCAGCCUGUUUUGGAUAAGACUGCUUUGCAAGCACUAACAGGUAGUAGUUCCAAACGAAGAAAAAGAGAAGAAAACAUACAGGUUGUGGAUAUCUCAAGCGCCGAAGUACUACCAAGUAGAGAAGAAUGGAUGCGUACAGCUUUAGCGUCUUCUACUGCGUACCAACCAACUGGUGUUUUAGUUGAUGAAGAACCAGUAGCUGGUACUAGGCGAAAACAUCAAAUUACCUAUCUGGCACACAAAGCGAAAGCCAACGAAGCUGAAUUACAAGCAAUGUGGUCUGCGAAUCGUCAAAAUCGGAAGGCAACUCAAAGCAAAUACGGCUUUUAGAGUGUAUUCUUUAAUUCUUAACUAUAUUUAGUACAUAAAUGUGUUAAUUUACAUUUUUCAAACAAAUAGAUUGUAUAAAAAUAAAAGUGUAAUUUUCACCAAGA